UGCUUCUUGACCAUCGUUGGCAGGCACGCGAACGCUGCACGCCUGUUAAAUACCUUACCUCUGCUUCCUUACAUCCCCUUAUCUUAGUAUCCUUAGUAUCUCACCUUGAAAUACCUUCCACCACAAUCACAAAACUUCUGAGCAAAUAACCACAAACACAAGACAAAAAGUCGUGCCGCAAUCAAUCAUUGCAACUUGAUACAUCGUUCAAAAUGAGCAACACCGUGACGGUCAAAAACAUCUCGGCCAAGACCGACGAUAAGGAGAUUCGAGACUUCUUUGCCUUCUGCGGCAAGAUCACGGACCUCCAGGUCAACACCGAGGGCGAGACCAAGAGCGCUACCGUCAUCUUCGAGAAGGAGACAGCUGCCAAGACAGCACUGCUACUCAACAACACCCAGCUUGGCCCCUCUCACAUUUCGGUCACCAGCGACUCGCCUGUCGGCGAUGGUGCACACCCCGAAAAGACCAACGCAGACCGUGACUCGGACGAGAUCACUCAAGAGGAUAAGCCACGAGCACGCAUUCUGGCCGAGUACCUCGCUCACGGUUACGUAGUCGGCGACGCGGCCAUCCAGAAGGCCAUCGAUUUGGACCAGCACCACGGAGUCUCGUCGCGUUUCGUCGGUACUCUUCAAAACCUCGACCAGAAGUACCACGCCACCGACCGUGCCAAGACAGCAGACCAAAGCUAUGGCAUCACCACCCGAGCCACAUCCCUGCUUACUGGCAUCAACUCGUACUUUGAGAAGGCUGCCAGCACCCCGACCGGCAAGAAGAUCGUUGACUUCUACACUCAAUCCUCAAAACAGGUUCAGGACAUCCACGCCGAGGCUGUCCGGCUUGCUGAACUCAAGAAGCAGGAUGCCGGUGGUAGCGCGGCCAGGGCUGCUGGCCUUGAGAAGAUCCUAGGUACCAGUGCUGCUGGCACUGAGAAGCCCAAAGAUGGUGCUUCGGAUUCGCCCGCCGCCGUUCCUGGAACAGUGCCUGCCAGUGGUGGUGCCACGACCACCGAGAAGCCCAAGACGAACCCAGUUGAGCCCGACCCCAAAGUUUGAGGAUAGGAAGAUUCUAAUGAAGAUGCGCGCAUGCGAUAGAGCAUGGUUUCGGCCAAGUUGGCCAAUGAUUAAAUGAAUUUCUGGGAGUGUUUAAUGAUUAACAUAUUGCAUUUCUGCACGCGAAGUACUGCCCCGUUGGAGCAAGGAUUGUUCUUGUGGUACAUCUGCCGAGGAUUCCGUCUUGCCGUGUUAAUCUCAGAUGGCCUUUUGAUCUUAUGUCUACUGUCUUUUUGUACUUGAGAUAAUCAAAUUGAGAUACAAUACCCCAAAGCCUUUUUUUGCUAUUGAAA